UGUUCAAGUGUGUCAAUUCUCAAUGUAGGUUUUUAAAUCUACAAGUUUAUACAUGCUUGUGAAUGUUCUCAAAAUUUUACUAAAACCGCUUUUGAAUUAUCUCUUUGAAUAAUGUUUUUGCAAAUCUUACACCAUUAUACCAUUAAAUAUGUACUUACUAGAGAACACUAAAAUUACUGACAAAUUUUUUUUGAGUGGUGAUGCACUAUUUUAUGCCGGGCAGGGGUGUUGAGCUCUGUGUGACCAAAUCAGGAAAUAUUUAGAUUCACAGGUUUGCACUUGUUUGGGCUGUAGGUCAUAGAGUAGUCUGGUGUUGGAAGUAGAAUACAGAUCCUCAGUUUUCCCAUUCUAUAGCCAUGGGAAGCCCCAGCACUGAGGAAGUCUCCUGUCUCCAUGUUCACAGAAAGAAUCACAGGAUGGGUCAGGUGGGUCAUUCAGUGCAAGCUCUCUCUAAAGUAGUUUGGCCCCCAGCCUGUGCUGGUGCCUGGGGUUAUUCUUCCCAUGUGCAGGACCCUGCAUUUGCCUUUGUUGGAUUUCUGACAGUUCUUCCCUGCCCAUCUCUCCAGGCUGUUGAGGUCCUUCUCAAGGGCUGCACAGCCCUCUGGGGUAUCAGCCACUCCUCCCAGCUUUGUGUCAUCAGUGAGCUUGCUGAGGAGGCAUCUGCUCCUUCAUCCAAGUCUGAUGAAUAAAUUGAACAACUAAGUAUAUUGGUAUUUCUGGAGAAAACUAAAAAAAUCCCCAACAAACACAAAUCAAAUCUUAUCCUUGCAUCCUUGCUUGCAUCCUUUCAGAUUUUCAUCUCUUCUUUCUUCUACUUGUAUACUGCAUUUCAGCUCUCCUCUCAGUGCUGCUAAUGCAACCAAAAGGGGUCCCUUGUGAUAUCUACACACAUCUUAAAUAAUAUAUAAUAUAGUUGGUGAUGAUGUCAUUUAAUGCUUCUGAUUAAAAAACCCCAAAUCCGCAAUGUACAUAUACAUCUGCCUUUACCCCUGCGGGCAUACAAAUCAAAGCAGAAGUAAAAUUGCUGGGUGGGAGGCUUUCUUUGCCUCAUCUUUUGAUGUCUUUGUGCUUGCCUGUUUUCUUAGUCUGAUGGGAAAUAACAAAACCAAGUAGUUUGUCUGGAUAUUAAGUUUGCUAUUAAGACAACAGUGUCUGUGGAUGGCUAAAACUGCACACAGACACUGCAAAUGGAUGAUCUGUUGAUUAUGAAACAAUUCUCAAGCAUAUGUUCUAAAGAGCUUUCAGUUUUUCUUGAGAGAUUUAGGAGAAAUUCUGUAAAAGUGAGAUCCCUGUGCUGAGUGAGAUUUCAUUGGAAGAGGAGGGAGUGUCAGAAGGCAGGUAAGCUGAAUUUAUGUGCAAUUGGGCACUCAGGAUAAAGUAGAGGGUUUAUCCACUGCCUGUAAUAAACUAGAAUAAGUGUGAUUUCUCCAUGCUACUGUACUGUGAGGUCACCUCAAUUUUCUUGUAAUUUAUAGUCAAACUGUUAGAUUAAAUAUAAAAAAUAAAAGCACACUUAUGGUUCUACAAUCUAUUUGAAGAUAAAUAAAACCUAAUAUGAUAGUCAUAGAAUUAUUUGGGUUGAAAGGAACCCUAAAGAUAUUUUAGAUUCAACCCCCCAGGGCCCCAACCUGGCAUUGAACACUGCUAGGGAUGAGGCAUCCACAACUGCUCUAGGCAACCUGUUCCUCAGAAUCUUCUAAGUAAAGAGUUUUUUAUUAAUAUCUCUUCUAAGUUUACCCUCUUUAAAACUGUUCCCCCUUGUCCUGUCACUAUCUGGUAGUGUAAAAAGUCACUCUCACUCUUUAAAAGCCCACUUUAAAUACUGGAAGGCUUUUAUGAGGUGUCCCUGGAGCCUUCUUUUAUUCAGUCUGAACAGCCUCAGCUCUCUCAGCCUUUCAUCAUAGGAGUGGUGCUUCAGUCCUUCGCUGUCAGUGCAGUGGUGAGUAGAAAAGCAAAGAAAUAGUUUUUUCAGCCCAUGUCUGCUGUACCAUUUAGUAGGACAUGAGGGCUUUAGAGCAGCUGCUGGCCGUUUCACAAUGGCAUUGUUUGCUUUUUGCCUCUGUGUUGACUCUUCAUUCUGUGAAUUCACCACCUAGUGCUGACUUGUUUGUAUUUGAAAUGUCAGUUCUUUUAUUAAUUUUCUUAAAUUCUAGCCUAGUGACUGACGCUAAUGACAGGAAAUGAUUAAUGAAUGGGACCUUGCUGAGAAUGUCACAUUCUCAUGUUUGCAUAGAGCUGAUGACAUGCUGCAUUACUGGCUUUCAUACAUUUUCUGUCACUUUAAUUGUUGUAACACAUAAGUUUGGUACUUGGUCUGCAAUUCCAGUUUAUAAAUUUCAGCUCUUUGAUAAAAUGCUCCAGUGAGGCAACUGUCAGCAGCUGCUAAUAACCUAAUCGCUUUUAGUAAACUAUUUCCUUCACUGCUUAAUUAUUUUUUAAGGUGUGAUAGAUUCUUACAAAAAUAUGUCCUGUCUCUUGUAAAGUUUUUUGAGAACUUUUGGUGGAAGAAUUAAGACUGUGUUACGUGGAAAUGAAGAAAAGGGGGAGACUUCUGCAGGCUGCUCGGAGAGGGGAGAUGUGGUGGGGAGUUGAUAUUCCCUGAGGAAUCUUAUGGCAGCCCAAACUGUGGUGUCUCUGCUCUGGCCUCCCUGAAACUGCUCUGAACAGCUACAGUCAGUGACAGACUUUGCUUUACUUCAGGCUUGUAUGAUGGGCAUUUUUUUUCUAUUUAAAAGUACUGGUAGGUUGUGCUGAAGCUCUGAAAAGGAUUUGAAAUGGCCAUAGUUGUACAUCAGUUGCUGGAACUCUCAAAGAAAAUCUGGAUUGGGGAUUUAGGUGUCGCGGCUGGAUCACAAAGUGGUGGCUCCUCCUGCCCAGGGCUUCCCUGUUUGGUGCUGCUUUACUGUCCUUAUCUUGCAGCAAUAUUGGAAAAACCUGCCAGCGAGGUUUUGAGCCGGCUUGUUUGGCAAGUGUGGGCCACACCUCCGCUUGUCCCGGCUGGAGCACAGCCCAGUCCUGCGCAAAACUUCGCACGAGCCCGUGGCCAGCAGCGCUUCGCAGCCGGGCGCCCGCCGACUCGCCUUGCUCUCUGGCUUCCCCUGUCAGAUUUUCUGCAGAGACAGCAGGACAUUUUCCCCAUGUUCCAUGAGGUGCUGCGGAGGCCAUUUCCACCCAGAGUGCUGCCUUUUCUGGCAGCAGUGCUUUUCCAAAGGAAGGAGAGGAAAGACACUGGGUUCUGUCACUGGCGGUGGGAAAAGCACCCUUACUACAACCUAACAGUAAAAGUCCUCCGAGCCAGAAACAUCAAGGGUACAGAUGUGUUGUCCAAGGCAGACUGCUAUGUGGAGCUAAAGCUGCCCACUGCAUCUCCCAGUGUCUCCCGAACUCAGGUUGUUGACAACUCUGAGAACCCAGAAUGGAAUGAAACUUUCCAGUAUCGGAUCCAUAGCGCUGUCAAGAACAUUCUGGAGCUGACCCUCUAUGAUAAGGAUGUCCUUGUCAGUGAUGAGCUCACCUCUGUCAUCUUCGACGUGGGGGGCAUGAGGCUGGGGGAGCCCCUGCUGCGCACCUUCAGCCUGGACCCCGAGGCUAAUGAAGAGCUGGAUGUAGAGUUUUUCUUGGAGAAAUGCUCAGAUGCCCCUACAGAAGUAUUGACCAAUGGAGUCCUUGUGGCUCAUCCUUGCUUGUGUCUGCAAGGCACUGUCAACAAAGAGGGAAACGCAAAGGAGAAACAGCAAGGAUGCUGUGAAGUCAAGGUGUCUGUCCCAGGGGCAUAUCAAAAGCAGUUGUCUAUUCCUUGGACACCAGAUAAUGAGAAGGAUUCUGGAACCUCAUUUAUCUUUCAUGUGGAUAAAGAAAUGUGUCCAGAACUGCAAGUGGAGUUGCAGCAAACUAUAUCUGUCCUACAGGAUGGUGUGAACCCUGAUAUUGAAAAGCACACUACAGUUCUGGGACUGGGGACUGUACCAGUUAAUUCCCUUCCUAUUGGAGAAAAAGUUGAUAGAAUCAUUUCUUUGGGAGAGGGAAAAAGUUUGGAUAUGAGUUUGAAAACUGAAGAGAGCUCUUGGGAUCUUGAUAUACGUAUGGGGUUUGAUCUCUGUAAAGAGGAGAGAGAAUUUUUGGACAAAAGGAAGAAAGUAGUUUCUGAGGCACUGAGGAAGACUCUUCACUUAAAAGAAUCCCCUCCAAAAGAUGAGGUUCCAGUCGUGGCGGUGCUGGGCUCUGGAGGUGGGAUGAGAGCACUGACAUCCCUCUAUGGCAGCCUUGCUGGGCUACAGCAGCUGGGCCUUCUGGAUGCUGCAAUGUACCUCUGUGGCAUUUCUGGCUCCACUUGCAUUUUCAGGUGUUUAUCAACACUGUAUCGAGACCCUGACUGGUCACAGAAAGACCUUCAAGAUGCAAUCAGCAGAGCUCAGGACACUGUGUCCAGCAGCAAAGCUGGGGCAUUUUCUCCAGAACGACUGAAAUACUAUUUCCAGGAGCUGAAUGCAAUGGAGAUCACUGGACGGAAGGUUUCCUUUACAGAUUUGUGGGGCCUCAUUGUGGAAUAUUUUCUACAACAAGAGGAAGAUUCAUCAAAGCUGUCUGAUCAGCAAGCAGCAGUGAAAUGGGCCCAGAACCCUUAUCCUAUCUAUGCAGCUGUGAAUGUGAGACCUAAUAUGAGCAGUGGAGACUUUGCAGAAUGGUGUGAGUUCACUCCCUAUGAAGUUGGGUUUCGCAAAUAUGGAGCUUUUGUUCGAACAGAGAAUUUUGACAGCGAGUUCUUCAUGGGACGGCUUGUCCAGAAACAUCCAGAGCCCAGGAUUUGUUUUCUACAAGGAAUGUGGGGCAGUGCCUUUGCUGCAAGCUUGGAUGAUAUCUGCCUGAAGGUGGUUGGUAUAGGACUGAGCUUUCUAGAUUCUUUCAAAGAUGUUAUCAAAGUUGUAGAUGACUGCCGAAGAUUCCAUUUCCGAGACCCAGCACGGCUGAAGACCCGCUUGGUUACACCUGGGGGACCGCUGUUACAAGUUUUUCAGGAUUUCUUCAAGUCCCGCGUCACAUGUGGAGAAACCUUCAAUUUCAUGAAGGGAUUGUAUCUUCACAAAGAUUAUGUUAACAUCAAGAAAUUUGUGACUUGGAGAGGUACUCACCUGGAUGCGUUUCCCAACCAGCUGACUCCCAUGGAGGAGAGCUUGUAUUUAGUGGAUGGUGGCUUUUCCAUCAACUCUCCCUUUCCUUUGGUACUUCAGCCAGAGAGGGAUGUGGAUGUUAUCUUGUCAUUCAAUUUUUCCUGGGAAGCUCCAUUUGAGGUUUUAGAGCUGACUCAGAAAUACUGUGAGGAGCGGGACAUUCCUUUUCCAAAAAUCAAAUUUAGUGAGGAAGAUGAAAGGAAGCCAAAAGAGUGUUACAUGUUUGUGGAUGACAAUAAUCCAAAGGCUCCCAUUGUACUCCAUUUCCCACUGGUGAAUGACACCUUCCAGAAAUACAAAGCUCCAGGAGUUGAACGUGAGUCAGAGGAAGAGAAAUCCUUUGGUGACUUUAUCAUUGAGUCAAAAGAUUCCCCUUACCGUACCCUAAACUUCACCUUUGAGCCAUAUGAUUUCAGCAGGUUAGUGGAAGUGAAUCGCUACAAUGUUCUGAACAACAAGGACACUCUCCUCAAAACCCUAAACUUGGCUCUGCAAAGGAGGAAGUUGAAGAAAGUCACCAAUAAGUCAAAUACAUGAGUGGUUUCCAAGGCUGAGGAUACAGAGAGGCUGCAGUGUACAAAAGCUGUGAGGUUCAAGACAGAACACUGAUAGUGAAUAGCUGGAAACUCUCUUCCUGGAGGGAGCAGUACACCUGACACUGAAAACUCAUUCCAGGUCACGUCUCUGAUGAAAACCCAAGGCAUGUACAGUACAACAUGGAUGUUGCUUCCUCAUGUGGGGAAGAGUGAGGAAUUACCCAGCUUGGUAUCUCAAAUCACAGUGGCUGAUUCCAGAUCAUUUGAGAGGUCUAUACAAACCGUUCAGGCAUCUGGAGAAUAAUCUUCCAGACUCUACUGAGGGAUGCGCCUCCUUUUGUCAGAGGUGUGUUGGUGUUUGAGGAAAGAGAUUCCUUCUGUACUUUUAUCUCUUGCUUUAGAACCUCCCUUCAGGAACUUGUACAAUUUAUGUCAUCUUAAGAAGAACUCCACAGAUGAAAAUGACACACGAGAGAGGAAAUGUCUCCUCUUGCUUUCACCUUGCUACUGGCUGAUGCCCAUGUGCUUUCAAGACUAAACUGUCAUUGCCUGCUUCCCAUUUUGCCAUUCAUGGUUUCAGUUUCCUUCCUACCCUUCUCAAGGAUUUUAAUGGCUUUUGUUCUCCCAGAAAUUCUAUACAGAUUAUCUUAUUUUGGUAAAAAAAUUUGUUUGGUAAACAAGGAAAUAAAUGUCUUUUAUAUUUAACAAUAAAAACACAUUUUGGGAUUUUGUUGCUACUUCCUACAGUUUGAUCAUCGUGAGAUGAUGAAAUGAUGAUGAAAAUGCCGUAAGUCUCAGCUUUCUCUUUCUGUGCAAGAGGAAGGGAGGCUCCUUUGAAGGGUUUGAAUUAGAUAUUUUUUCCUUGCUCUUAACUUAUAAUUCACCCAGACCUUUGUUGAAGGAAUUUUUGUGUCUUACGUAUUUUAGAAACGUCAAUAGUCAAGGUAGGUACACCUUAUGAAUGUGAAUUAAUAAAACAAUGUAAGAUGCUGCUGUGCUGUGGGGUGGGAUUCACCUCACUUUGCAUAAAGCCCAGAGAAAAGUACUGAGUUACGCAGUUGGAAAAUAUGUAAUGCAGAACAGUGGCAAAUGAGCACUUUUAUGGCUUUUUAAACUCUUACACUUUUUAGC